UCUCUCUCUCUCUCUCUCUCUCUCUCUCUCUCUCUCUCCGUCUACGCUCGCCCGGACGCCCGUUCCUCCGUCUUCCUCGCUCCGUCCUUCCUCGUGCUGUCUCUCUGCGCUCACCUCCAGGACGACGUUGAGGCACAUCGCCCGUGCCCUGCCCCCUCUCGCCGGGCAUGGAGUGGGACCAAUAGGAGCGCCGCUUCCGGCAACGAUGGUGCUCCAAUCGGCACACGACGCCGACGGAUAGACGCUGACGAGAGGCGAUUUUGACAGUCGACACUGUGCUACUCUCAGCGCUCGCGGUUUAAUCGCGCACUGGACUUACUUUGAGUCUGGGAUCCUAGUGAUUCGUGAAUCGAAGCAGUGUCCUCCGCAGCGUGGGUUCUGUCAAUGGUCACCUCGCGACCUCGCGAAAGUGCCUCCUCUCCUUUUAUUCAUUGGAUAUUGGAUUUUCUCAGUGAAUCACGAUGCUAACGAAAAUUUCACUCGUGUCGAGCCCGCUGACGGCGUGACGAGAAAAGAUUACUAGCGAUCACGUGGUCGAAGAAACAGCGGUCCGUUUCGAGGACUCGCCGGGAUUAUUUGAUUCGAGCGGACGCUAAACGACCGCGGAAAAUUCCGCAGCUAAUCCAUUGGAUAAUAGACUCUACGAGCAUUCCCACGGAGAUUCCCGCCUCCGGCAUUCAGGAAUAAUCGUAUGUUUACCACGACUCGACGCGCUCGCUUCUGGAGUCGAGUUUAUUCGGAAGCGGGCGGACAGCCUCGGUGAUCAAUAGAGCCCGCGACAAUAGAUCCAAGUGAUUCUCCCGCUGACACAUACGGAUACGCGCGCUGCUCCUCGCGCCGCGAACCUCCGCUGUCGCGAAUGCGAGCGCGUCGUCCGUCCCGGUCCGCAAAAGUGAAAGGAACCUCCCGGAGGACUCGUCGUUAACCACGCUGGACAUUACGGGGGGGCGGGGGGACCGUGAGAUACCGCGGGAGUAAUUAAAUGCGCGCGUGAGAUAAUCGGAUGAGCUGCGCUAUGGAGUAUCAGCAAUUGGCGCCACCGCCGGUACCAGCUGGGGUGCUGCACACCCAGGCGCACCAUCCUCAACCUCAGCAUCAGCAGCAGCAGCAGCAGCCGGUGCAGCCGCCGCAGCAUCCGCACAUCGUAGUCGCGCCGGCUCAUCAGCAGCCGCAAUCCCAGCAACCACCGCCGCCACCCCUGCCGCCGACCUCCCACGGCCACCAAGUGCAUCCGCCGCUCCCGCCCAUUCACGAAGACAGCACCAGUUCCAGGUGGUCCCAGUACCAGCACUUGUGGAGGCAGCAUCAUGUUUACAUGAACGGGAAACAAGGUAAAGAUGGGCCAGAGGAGAAGAAGGAUGCCGACGGCGAACUUUGGGGCAACGUGGAAGCACAGGCCGCCUUUCUCGGGCCCAACCUCUGGGACAAAACUUUGCCUUACGAUGCCGACCUGAAGGUAUUAAACCAUUACGUCGAUCUUGAUGAGUUUCUUUCCGAAAACGGCAUCCCCGUCGACGGUGUCGCUGGUGGUGGACAGGGUGCCAUGCAAGGUAGCCAGCUUCAUAAAAUCAACAACACCGAGGCCGCCGGACAUCAGGGACCAGCCGGUCUACACUUGGAACCAGUUACCAAGCGUGAGAGAUCACCAUCGCCGAGCGAAUGCUGCUCGCCGGACACCCUGAACCCACCCUCUCCCGCGGACUCUACGCUCUCGAUGGCCUCAUCGGGGCGAGACUUCGAUCCACGUACCCGGGCCUUCUCCGACGAGGAGCUCAAACCCCAACCUAUGAUCAAGAAAUCGCGGAAGCAGUUCGUUCCGGAUGACUUGAAAGAUGACAAAUACUGGGCGCGUCGUAGGAAGAACAACAUGGCAGCGAAACGAUCGCGAGACGCGCGCCGCAUGAAGGAGAACCAGAUAGCACUCAGGGCCGGCUUCCUCGAGAAAGAGAUCGCUGCCAAAGAGUGUGGCGAACUGAUUCCUAAUUCUCUACUGAUCGCUGCCAAAGAGUGUGGCGAACUGACUCCUAAUUUCUUACUGAUCGCUGCCGAAGAGUGUGGCGGACAGAAUCCUAACUCUGAUGCCCAAAACCAAAGGAGGAAGACGUAUACAACAAAAACGUUUACGUUAUCAGAUAAAGAAGACGUUAGAAUUCGGGAGAGAUCCCAUUCCAUUACAACUAAAAAUAUGGGUCUGCGGCAGGAGCUGGACCGGUUAAAAAACGAGAAUAUGUUGCUACGCGACAAACUGAGCAAGUACACGGACGUCUAACACCCCGUCAUCGGCCAUGCACCAGCUCGAGCGACACGCAAAGAAAGAGAGAGAGAUGCGGAUACGGGGGUGCAUCACAACUCCCUCGCCUAUAGUCGCAGCACACACAACAGCCUCCGCCUUCGCGGAGGAAGCGAAGGGGAUGCGGAGCGUGUUGACGAAUAUACCACCAACUCCCGAACCGACUGCCACCGCCCCGACAACCAACUUCCUCAGAAAAAUCUCCGAAGAAUUCAAUUCUCCAUCAUUCUCUUUCUCUCUUUCUCUCACUCUCAAAUAAAAUUCUUAUUGAGUCCUCGCUCCUUGUCCCGCUCUAGAAAACUCCUCCACUUGUAAAUAGUUAUAUGUAUAGUUAGAUUAUAUACACACACAUACAUACAUAGGCGCGUGCGCGUUACACAUAAGAAAACACAUACACACAUUUUAAAUAAAAGAAAAAGAAUAUAUAUACAUACAUACAUACACGUACACAUACACACGCGAUACAAUGAGUAUGCGUUUGAGGAAGGAGCUGCGUUCGUUACACGUAAAUAAAUCGCGCAUGCAGCGCACGACGAGAACACGUCAAUUUCGCCAGCAUUCGAGUCUUCUAGAUUUGCACAGCGAGCCAUAUUACGAUGGGAUUGAAUUAUUACGAGAAUAAGCUAUGUAUAGGACAACGCAAGUUUCUUGAAAUCGCACUUGUUCGGCGAAGAAGAGACCGAAUCUCGUCGGCGCUGAGCACUGCCACACGUAAAGAGCUGUAUCGUUAGGUCGACACGGAGCGGAGGCGAGCGAUGGUUGGGCGAACACGACGCUUUUCUGCGCACGGGUUAAUUAUCCUGGUUCUCCGAGAACGCGUUAAUUACUGUAGCGUAUCCCACGUGGUGAUGGUACACAAGUGAUUCUAGUUGUUUUAAUCGUAAGAUAGUUGACGUACAUGUUUCGUUUUCAUCGUUUCUUUUCUCUCUCUGUCCCCUUCAAUCUACCUACCUAUCUCUAACAUCCUUUUAGCGAGUAGCGAAUCAAUCCGGCCACGCGAGGGAGCGCACUUGGAGCGCGCGGAAGGCGUCUAUCCCUUUUUCUUCUUUCGCGAAAUAUCGCCCGCUGGCCCAACGUCGGCGGCUCGGGGGCAAUGACGGACCCGGCCCAUCCCGAGAUAUACCAUUUGUUGCGUAGCGAACAAAUUUUUUGUACAGGAUGCCCUCUUGUAAAAUAUAUAUAUAUAUAUAUAUUUUAAGACGCAUCGUGUCAUUCUGACGAGCGACGGUUGUACGAGCGCCGUGUCUUUGACACAGGGGUUUAUCAACGCGGAACUUGAGACAAACGAAACGAUAUGAAACGAACCGUGUCCGACGAUCGGCUCGCGCAGCCUCCCAGCAAUAGACGGGCGCGCGCGCGCGCAUCGUCGGGGUUAAUCGUAGGCGUCGUUGUAAAAGUAAAAAUGUUACAUGUACACGACACGAAGAUACGACCAUCGUGCUUAAAUGUAAGCUAGCUUACACACAGGCUCGCGUGCACUGGCCCAUUUCUUUUUAAGUUUUUAGAUGUUUAUUUUUCCGUCACCGCGAGAGGAUCGGUGACGGCGAUCGAGAGAGCGAAAGUGGAACCGAUGAAGGAGAUAUGCGCUUUUUAUCGAGCAGUUAUAAAAAUUAUAGCUGCUGUAAAGAGAGAAUCUAUAUUGUACAGAUCGACGCGAGAGUGAACGACAUCUGAAUGAGAGCGAUUGCCGCUCGUUGUAAAAUUUAGUGACAAUAAUAGUGACCGAUGUAUCGCGCGUUUCUUCAACAAAGUGGGCGAGUAACGAGAACGCGACGAGCGAGAUUUCUAGCCCAAUCGGCACGAUUGAUGAUUUUAAAGAUAAUUACAAACGCCAGGACGAAGCUCGUACUUUCGUUAGAGAUUCAUGUACCGACGAAUACGUAAUAGUCUGGUUUUUCCUUUGACCGCACGGGAGAGGCACUCGAUGCGCAAACGCGAUACACGUUCUGUACAUACGAUAUCAUUUUAUCAGUCGAGAGGGUAAGAGAAUCGAUGUAAACUUCAAUUCGACUUCGCGUUUGAUCGACGGUAAAUUCGCUUUAAAUGUCGCAGGACAGUGUCAUGGACCGCGCGUGGAAACGUACCAUUUUAUCCUUGCGAUAGUCUUUCAAUCUUUCGAGCGUGUACGUAACCAUUUACGUAACGUGUUAAUUCUUUUUCCAAACGCGUUUCUUAUAUACGAAGUAAAAUUAAAUACGUAAUUGCAAUUUCGUCGAAAUUACUUUUCGUGGAUUUAUGUAUGUUCGUGCGCAAUGAUUCGAAUGUUCGAUGCCUCAUGCUUGGAGCGAUUUGCCGAAAGUCGCGCACGAAAUCGUCCGACUACAGCUGUCACGAUUGCCUUGCACAUUCUAACAGAAAAAUGCGUGAGUGUCGACAAAUUUCGCGCGAUUUCUACGAUUGAUUACUAAAUCGAUAGUUUGCGUCGACAGAUUUAGCGAACGCCUUCGCCCGAUAGUAUCGCAAAUCUAAUUUUAGUAGUGGCACAAAAUUUUACUUUUCGAAAACAAAUUAUAUUGCGAGUUAUCUGACAAAAUAGCUACUGCAUGGCUUGCUGUCCCGACGCAAUGGAUUAAACGGAAGGAAGUAGCGUGGUACUGCGUACGAGAAAGCGUAAUAGCGGAAAACAGAAUUUCGCGUUUGAUUGUAUACGAAGUUUCUCGCGUUAUUCCUUAAAGCGUAUAACGUAGGCUGCAAGACAAUUCUUUCAGUUAUCCACAAUAUCUAUUUCAAGUUUACCACGAGCCAAUGUCAGCUCGUAUAUGUUCUGCUUGUCACGCACACUUGUCGUCAUUAAGGGCAAAUACAAAAUUGUAUAGAAGGAAAACGAUCUCUGCUUUUUUUUUUUUUACUAUUUAUUCGUGUAACAAAUUUCAAAUGUGACUGAGUCGCAAAGUUUUUACCAAAAUGUCCGCUCGUAUUACCGCUAGAAAUUGAGAAUGGAUCUCUUUCCCGAUCAUUUUUUUCAACGCAAUUAAUGACGUCGAGUGUGCGAUAUAACGUGGAUCUCGGCACAAGUUAUUGGCCUAUAAGAAGCGCGUUAGCAUGAUUGACACACAUCGCAAUUCGAUAAAUAAAAAUAGUAAUAAAUAAAAGAGUAGAGAGUUACAUAGCGCGAGAGACAGACGCGGCCGCCGGCUUUGCUCCAAAUAGAACGGUAAGAAAACGAAACAGAGGACAGACGCCGCGUCUUCGAUAAAUAAUCGUCCGAUCCACUUAAAUAAAAUAUGAGAAAAAAUAUGAGAAAAGUUAGAUAUGACCACCAACACAAGAGAACCUCUAUUGUAUCACAUUUCGAGAAAUAUAUGUAUUUGUUAUUGUUUUAAUUGAA